UGGGCCACGCUUCUUGUGGCAACACAUUGAGAUGAAUGAUGACCCAUCAGAGCAUCAUGAAUUGGAAGAUGAUGAUCCUGAAGUAAAAAGAGUUGCAUCAUGUGCUACACAGACACAUGAGCCAUUUAAUGUACUAGAGAGGCUGAACUGUUUCUCUGAUUGGUUCCGUAUGAAGAGAGCCAUUGCAGUGUGCCUUAGACUUCAAAGGAUGUACAAGAAGAAUGCAGAUGGGACACAUAAAGGAAGGAGCCAAGAAUACAUUCCACUGACAGUACAGGAACUGAAAGAAGCUGAAAAUGAGAUAAUAAGGCAGGCUCAGGCUCAUGCCUUCCAUGAGGAAAUAAAGAUGCUGCAGGGUGCAGGAAACCAUGAGUCUUCCCCACAGACAAAUAGAAGAGAAACAACAGUAAAGAAAACAAGCAAGUUGUACAAACUUGAUCCCUUCAUAGAUGAAGGUGGAAUAGUAAGAGUUGGGGGAAGAAUAAGGAUGUCUACUCAUCAAGUAGCAAGACAUCCAACAAUCCUGCCUAAGGAUUCCCAUGUUACUGAUCUACUGAUUUGCAACUACCACAAAAGGGUACCUCAUCAGGGUAGGGGCAUAACACUAAAUGAAAUUAGAGCAACUGGGUACUGGAUUUUGGGGGGCUCAUCUCUGGUGGCUAGACAUGUCUCAAAAUGUGUAGUCUGCAGAAGAGUUAGAAGUGACACACAAGGUCAAAAGAUGGCUGACUUGCCACAAGAUAGGCUAGAGCCUUCCCCUCCCUUUACUUAUGCUGCAGUUGACUUUUUUGGUCCUUUCUACAUCAAAGAGGGACGUAAAGAGCUAAAGAGAUACGGGGUUCUUUUCACAUGCAUGGUAUCACGUGCAGUCCAUCUAGAGACAGCAAACAGUCUGGACACUACUUCCUUUCUCAGUGCCUACCGCCGCUUUAUAGGAAGAAGAGCGCGAGUAAGACAGUUAAGAGCAGAUCAAGGAACAAACUUUUGGGUGCAAAAAAUGAGUUAGCCAACUCUUUGAGAGAAAUGGAUGAGGAGAAGCUCAGAACCGAACUACUGAAGGACAGUUGUGAUUGGGUUCAUUUCAAGAUGAAUGUACCACAUGCUAGCCAUAUGGGUGGGGUGUGGGAGAGACAAAUAAGAACAGUGAGAAGCAUAUUGUCAGUGCUACUUGAUCAACAUGGACCUCAGUUAGAUGAUGAGACACUUAGAACAUUCAUGAUAGAAGCAGAGACAGUUGUAAAUGGUAGACCUCUAACUGUGGAUAACCUUACCUCUCCUACUAGCUUAGAACCUCUGACACCCAACACUCUGUUAACUAUGAAGUCAAAGAUUGUGAUGCCUCCUCCAGGUAAAUAUGAAAGAGUUGACUUGUACUCAAGGAAACGUUGGCGUAGGGUACAGUUCCUUGCAAAUGAGUUUUGGUCAAGGUGGAAAAGGGAAGUUUUGCAGUCUCUUCAGCUUUGAAAUAAAUGGCAGAAACCUCAAAGAAACCUCAAGGUGGAUGAUAUUGUUAUUGUUAAGGAUUGCAACCUAGCUAGAAACCAAUGGAGCUAGGCAGAAUAACUGAGUGUCUUCCAAGUGAUGAUGGUCUUGUGAGAAAGGUGAAAGUGAUGACGUCAGACUCAUAUGUCUUGACAAUUCAGGGAAAAGAAUAAAGGCAAUGAACAUUGUUGAAAGGCCUGUUCAUAGUCUUGUUCUCUUGUUAGAAUGUACUACUCAGGAAGACCAGGGCGACCCCACCGAGGAGCCUAAAUGAUCUGUUUGUACUUAGGAAGUGCAAAGAUGAUGUUAGCAGUAUUUCAUGUAUCUGUAAUACUCAUGUUAUGAUCAAUGUAUUAAGUAGUUAUAAGUUAAAUUGUCCUACAAUUUAGGGGAGCCAUGUAACUGUGGUAUCAAUGUACCUCAUUAUACCUCAUUGUUAUCACGUAAAAUAUUAAUGUGUAAGGAAUUUAUAUGGUGCUAUAGAAUUUAUAUGGUGCUAAAAGGAUAAACUUGUAUGGUGCUAUUAGAAGGUAACAUAGGUGCCGUUAAGAACGCUUACACGCAGCUGCCGAUGUUCGUUUGUUUGGGUUACGUUGGCAGUGAGUCUGUCGCUUAUAAGUGGAUAUGAAUUGUAGACUCAGCAAUAUGGAGUGGUGAUUCAAUCCGUGGCACUGGAGUAUCAGCAGUCCCUAAGCUGAUUGGCAGGGCAUCUUGCCAAACUCUACUGUGGGGCUCAACUCAACUGCUGCAAGCAGGCAGCUGCAAUGGACCAGUGGACCAGUGCAAUGGACCAUCUGUCGAUGCUACCUAGAUAAUACAUCUAAGUAGCAUCGACAGAUGUGUGUGUGUGUGUGUGUGUGUGUGUGUGUGUGUGUAAUUUAUUUUCUUUUAUAUUCUUACUUAUCAGGUCUGAUUAAAAUGUCGCUUAUUAAUUUUCAUGUUUACAAAGUUGCUAGUAUUUAUUUAUGAAAGGAAGAGAUUAUUUCAGCAGAAAGUAUAUGCAUUACUUUUUUUAUUAAAAUGUUACUAUUAUUUAAUUAAUAUAUAUAAGCUGUAACUCACCAGGUCGGGAAGCGGCAUUUUGAACGGACGCUGUUUGUUGACACUUGAUUUGCAGGAGUUUGAGGAGUUGUAGGAGCGUGGCUUGCUGCUCCGAAGAACCCGCAUAUUUUUCUGUGAUAUAUAAAGGUUUUCCAACAUUAAUAUCUUAUAAACAUCAUCAAAGUAGACAUAACACAGACGAAAUAAAUAAGAUACAGUAUAAGGAGAGGGAGAAAUAUUCACAUAAAAAUCAUAUAGAUACAUUGUCAGUCGUAACAGAGUACAGUAAAACCCCGAUUAUCCGAAAGCGGAUUAUCCGAAUAACCGGAUUAUCCGAAAUUGAUCUGGAUAAUGCAAUUAAAUUUUUUUUUCUAUACUAAAAUGUUAUAAAACAUCAAAAAUAAAUAAAAGUAA